AUGAUAGGUCAGAUUUCAUCAAGUUUGAAAUUCCAGAGAACCAAAAUUAUUGCUGAGGGUAAGGAUUCAUUUAAUUGUAGAAAAUCUUGUUCUUCUAACAGAGAGAUGAGGAAGGAAAAGAGUCCCAUUAUGUUUUUUUCUUCUUAUUCGAGAUUAUCAAUUUUUUGGCUGUUAUGUAUAUUCUUGUUGAAUUUUUAUAUAUAUAAUGGUAAUUGUAAUAUAAUAGAAGAAGGCAAGAAUUGUCAUAAAAGAAAGUUGUCUGAAUUAAUAGACUUAAAAAAUGGUUUCUUAAGACGUGAUGGAAAUAAAACUGAUAUAAAGGAUGAGUCAACUCAAACAGAUGCUGUGUCUAAGAGUAAUAAUGUAGCAGAUGAUUAUAAUUCAUAUAAUGAAUUUAAUAUUAAAGAUGAAUUAGAAGAUAUAUUUAAAAGUAUAGGGUUAUCUGGUUUCCAUGAGAAAUAUUAUGAUUUAACAAAACAGUGGAGUGAUGAAAAAAUUGAAGAGGUUAUGAAUUCUUUAGAGGAUAUUCCAAAUAAAUUGGAUUUGCUUACUAUAUGGAUGCAAGUUCGAGGUAGUGAGAAAUUGAAGAUGCAUAAUAUGUCAUAUGGUUUAAGAAUAUUAUAUAAAGAAUUAAUUAAUAAAUAUAAUAUACCAAUGGAAUCAUGCACACAUGUAUGGCUUAAUUCUUAUUAUGAUAUAACCAAUAGUCAUUUAUAUAGAGAACAUGAAAAUAAUAUUAAUUUCCUUGACUUAACUACUAAAGAAAUAUUGACUCGUGAAGAUUUUAUAGACUUUAUUAAAGACACGAAAAAUAAAUUCAACAAAUUAAGAAAUGAAUUGAGAGAAACUAUAAGUAAAGAUUUAAUAAACGCAUUAACACCUAAACACGUGGAAUAA